AUGCGGCACUGUAGUUUGUUCGCGCUGGCGAUGUCCGUGCUUGUGCUGGCCGAAUGUGUACUGACGAUGGGAUCGACCACGCAAGAACCACUUCAUCCAACCGUUAACGCUUCGAAAAAGUUUAAAAGUGGCCGCCGUGAAGGAAGGUUUCUUGGCCUUCUUGGACUGCUAACGGGCCUCACGCUGGUGGACUCGCUCGACGAUGACAGCGAUCGUCCACGACGUUCGGGGUUUGUGAAGAUUGACGUCGGCCACCCGUCCGCGCUGGACGCAUUCUAUGGGGCGUACGGUUACGCCUCACCCUACUGGACCGGUGGGUCCUCGAUCAACAUCAAGAUUCCUUUUCGACCGCCCGGUAGCGAGUUUGAAACGAUGGCCGUUUUCCCAUUCCCGGUACACUUUCCGCAACAUGGAGCGUCACAUUUCGCGUCCGGUUCAGGCGUGAUCGAGCCUCGUCCGACUAUUUUUUCUGAUCCCAUCCCAAGCACAUCAAACGGAUCGGGAACGGUUUUAGCAGAUGAAUUGGAACGUCCAUCUUCAAGGAAACAAAAGUUCACGCCUAGGAAAGGUACGACCGUAAGCAGUAGAGCUCGUCCCAAGGUGAGUCCCCCGAGAACAAUUCGAAGCACGCUUCGGGCGGAUGGUGAAGAGGCUGACGAUGAGAUUAAUACCACAACGAUAGAGCAACCAGAAGCGACCGAUAUGAUAGAGCUACAAGACCCCCCGCAAACGGUGGAGCCUUCCGUUAGUAACGAUCCAGAUGUUUCCCCUCCUAAUACACCAACCAAUCAUCAUGCGCCCGUUUCCGAAGAGCCCGAACCAGCCACCCCGGCGUCGAUCGUACAAUCCGAGCUCAAUUACGUCACCCAGCCAAUGGUUCCAUCAUCCUACCACACCCACCGGCACAGCCUGGCGGAUGUGUCCGCGAUCGAGCUGACGACGAGCCCGGGACCGGUCGAGUUCCAGCCCAGCCGGACCGAUCAUUGGCAGGAUUACUACGCCCGUGUCGCACAGGACGGGCCGAAACGACAGCUUGGCUUUUUGCCGAUCGCACCGCGGGUGAAUUAA